UUUUGCUCCGCGGAGCACAGUCCUGUCCGCCGCCCCGCAGCCUCGCGCCGCUAAGACCCGUAUUCCUUUUAACUUGCCUACUUUGGAGUUUUAUCUCACGCUUGUUUUUUCCCCAAUUGGUAUCGUUUCGGCUUUGGUAAGCGAAAGAAACAGGUGAAAGGACACGGGGAAUUCAGGUCUCAGUCGGAACCGGACAGGAUGUCAGCCGCAUCAUCAGUCUCCCAGAGUCUCCAGCGGCGCUCUGAGCGCCGGUACCGCAGCACCCGGGUGGAGUCGAGUGUGAGCCAGACUCGCCAGGCCAGCUUUCACUCUGCCCAAAUCACCACAGGGAUGAAGGCCUCUAUGCAUUCAAAGAAGGGGGAGGAGGAGGUGAUGCUGAGUCCUCUGCCCAAGACAGUGAGGCCCAUCUGCCUCGCCGUGGACAAGGACACCGAGAUCAUUGGCUACGUGGUGCCGGCGUUCAGGACCAGUCAUGCGUUUGCUCGAGCGGAGACUCAGGAGGAGAGCGUUGGGCACAUAGCCAUGAGGAGCCUGUUCUCCAGGCAGACGGAGACAGUGGAGGUGGAGAGGGUGGAGAAGAAGACCAGGGAGAUGACCAUGAGGGAGUCUGCCGAGAGCAUCACCUUGAAGAGAAAGCUUCUAGAGAGGGAAGAAUUUCAGAGGAAGAUGAAUGCCGACAGUCUCACACACCACCCUGAGUUUAUGGUCAAGCCCAAGUCGUACACUGUGUGGGAAAACCAGAGUGUCACUCUGCACUGCACUGUGGCCGGGUGGCCCAAACCCCUCGUCACCUGGUACAAGAACAACGUGGUCAUUGAUGCUAAAGCUCACUCUGAGAAAUACACGGUGGAGAGUAACUACAACAUGCACUCUCUGCAGAUCAAAAGCUGUACCUUUGAGGACACCGCAGAGUACAGCGUGUCUGCGCUGAACAUCAAAGGAGGAAGCACAUCUGUCUCCACCGUCGUGGUGAAAAGGUUUAACGAAGAGGAGCUGCUUCACCCAGAACGACCACAUGGCUUCUGCGCUGAGUAUGGGGUGACAUUCGAGUCCCACAUCGUUGAUAAGUUCGCUGUGUCGUUCGGGCGGGAAGGAGAGACGAUGAGUCUGGGCUGCACUGUGAUUGUGUACCCCACAGUGAAGCGCUACAAGCCUGACGUGCUGUGGUUCAGGAACGAUGUCCAGCUGAAACCCUCCAAAUGGGUCAGCAUGAACUGGAGUGGAGACAAGGCCACCCUGACCCUCAUCCACCUCAAUAAGGAGGACGAGGGCCUCUACACCAUGCGUAUCAACACCAAGUCUGGCUACAACUCCUACUCCGCCUACGUCUUCGUCAGAGAUGCCGCUGUGGAGGUGGAGGGCGCUCCUGUGGCCCCCCUGGAUGUCCGUUGCCAGGACGCCAAUAAGGACUAUGUGGUGGUGACGUGGAGGCAGCCUGCAGUAGAAGGGGCCAGCCCCAUCCUGGGGUACUUUGUGGACAGGUGUGAGGUCGGCACCACCCACUGGGUCCAGUGUAACGACACCCCAGUGAAGUUCGCUCGUUUCCCGGUGACGGGGCUGGUGGAGGGCCGGUCCUACUCCUUCCGUGUGCGCGCCAUCAACAAGUUCGGCAUCAGCUGGCCGUCCCGCGCCUCCGAGCCCGUGGCCGCCAUGGACCCGUCCGUCCGCCUGCGAGGUCACCCCUCCGCCCCCUGGACCGGACAGAUCAUUGUGACUGAGGAAGAACCUGCAGCGGGUGUGGUGCCUGGCCAGCCCAGCGACCUGGCCGUCACCGAGGCAACCAAGAGCUACGUGGUCCUGAGCUGGAAACCCCCUGGACAGAGGGGACACGAGGGCAUUAUGUACUAUGUGGAAAAGUGCAUUUCGGGCACAGACACCUGGCAGAGAGUGAACACUGAGAUGCCAGUGCGGUCGCCACGCUUCGCCCUGUUCGACCUCGCCGAGGGCAAGACCUACAGCUUCCGGGUUCGCUGUGUCAACUCGGCCGGCGUGGGCGAGCCUUCGGACCCCACCGGCGAGAUCACCGUCGGAGACAAACUAGACCUCCCUCAGGCUCCGUCCAACGUGGUGGUCGUUCGGCUGACUGACACCUCCAUGGUGGUGAUCUGGAAGGCAUCCCAGGAGGCCACGCAGGAGGUGCGCUACUACAUUGAGUACAGCGUGGUGGGCAGCAACGUGUGGCAUCCCUGCAACAACAAGCCCGUGAAGGGAACCAGGUUCAUCUGCCACGGGCUGCACACCGGAGACACGUGCGUGUUCAGGGUGAAGGCAGUGAACUCGGCAGGGUACAGCCAGAGCUCUCAGGAGUCCGAGAGCAUUCUGGUCAAGGCUGCGAUUGCGAUCCCCUCCCCUCCCCGCAACGUGACCCUGCUGGAGAGAGUGAAGGACUACAUGGUCCUGGGGUGGGACGAGCCCAAGCUGAAUGGCGGAGUCGAGAUCAGCGGCUACUACCUGGACUACCGGACGGUGAAGGAUGGCGUGGCAGGCCAGUGGCAUGAGCUCAACACCAAGGCGGUGAAGGAGCGCACCUACAAGGCGGAGAACUUGAAGGAGAACGUGUUCUACCAGUUCCAGGUGCGCGCGGUCAACGAGGCAGGACUGAGCAAACGCUCUGUGCACAGCUCUUCAAUCGAGUGCAAAGAGUACACCAUCACUGUGCCAGGGCUCCCCCAUAGCUUGCAUGUGCAGGAGGUACGGAAGGACUCCCUGGUGUUGCUAUGGGAACCGCCCGUGUACCAGGGCCGCACCAAGGUCAACGGCUUCUACGUCGACAUCAAGGAGGCGGCCGCACCUGAGGAGGCGUGGCGGGGCGUCAACGAGAAGGCCACUUCCAAGAAGUACAUCAAGGUUAAGGGCUUGAAGGAAGGUGUCUCCUACGUGCUCCGGGUCUGUGCCCAGAACCUGGCUGGAGUGGGGAAGGCCGCUGAGCUCCCCAGCGCGGUCCUGGCCCAGACCCGCCCUGGUACCCACGAGAUCAUCGUGGAUGUGGAUGACGACGGCGUGAUCUCCAUGAUCUUUGAGUGUUCCGAAAUGUCUGCGGAGUCGCAGUUUGUGUGGUCCAAGAAUUACGUGGAAGCAAUUGAUGCAUCUCGCCUUAAGAUUGAGACAGUCGGGGGCAAGUCCAGAGCCAUCUUUACAGAUCCAUCAGUGGAUGACCUGGGAAUUUACUCCUGUGUGGUCACUCACACAGACGGUGUGUCGUCCAGCUACACACUCACAGAGGAAGGACUGAAACGCCUGCUGGAAAUCAGCCACGAUCACAAGUUCCCCAUUAUUCCCUUUAAGUCAGAGCUGGCGGUGGAGCUGCUGGAGAAGGGCCGUGUCCGCUUCUGGAUGCAGGCGGAGAAGAUCACCUCCAACUGCGAGGUGGAGUACGUGUUUAACGACAACAUCAUCACCCAGGGAGAGAAAUACACCAUGAACUUUGACAAAAGCACUGGAAUUAUUGAGUUGUUCAUGGAUUCACUGGAGGUUACAGAUGAGGGAACCUUCACCUUCUCGCUGGUGGAUGGGAAAGCCACUGGCUGCACCAGCCUGGUGCUGAUUGGAGAUGAGUUCAGAGAGCUGCAGAAGAAAUCGGAGUUUGAGAGACAUGAGUGGUUCAGAAAGCAAGGUCCUCACUUUGUGGAGUACCUGACCUUUGAGGUGACCCCCGCAUGUAACGUCCUCCUGAAAGCCAGGGUGGGAAACCUCAGUGCAGAGACAGACAUUACCUGGUACAAGGAUGGUCUGGAGGUGGACGAUGAGGAGAAGCUGGACUUCACAGAUGGAGUGUUGACCCUGAACAUUGCCAAGAUCUCCAGGAAGGAUGCUGGUCUUUAUGAGGUUCAGCUGAAGGAUUCGAGAGGAAAAGAUAAGAGUCAGUUGGAUCUGACAGACAAAGGUUUCCAGGCAGUUAUGAAUGAAGUAUUCAGAGUUAUUGCAAACUCCGCCACCGAGCUGAGCAUUCUGAGCACGGAGCACGGAAUCGUUCUCCACACCUCCAUCGUGUACUACACCGAGGAACUCCGCGUCGGCUGGCUGCAGAAAGAGUCGAAGAUCUCUCAGUCAGAUCAUCUGCAAUUUGGAGUCACAGGGGAGGAGCUCUGGCUCAAAAUUAACGCCCCCACAGAGAAAGACAAGGGCAAGUACGCCAUCGACAUCUUCGAUGGAGCCUCGGGGGUUAAGAGGAUCUUUGACCUUUCUGGACAAGCUUGGGAGGAGGCAUACGCAGAAUACCAGAGGCUCAAAGCUGCUGCGCAUGCUGAGAGAAACCGUGCUCGUGUGAUUGGAGGACUACCUGAUGUGGUCACUAUCCAGGAGGGCAAGUCUCUGAACCUGACCGGGAACAUCUGGGGCGACCCAGUGCCCGAGGUCUCCUGGAUGAAGAACGAGCGCACCAUGGAGUCCGACGACCGCUACACCCUCAAGUUCGAGGCCGGCAAGUACGCCAGCAUCACCAUCACCUCGGUAACCCCGGCCGACUCGGGCAAAUACAGCCUCGUGGUGAAGAAUAAGUAUGGGGAGGAGACGGGCAACUUCACCGUGAGCGUCUACAUCCCCGAGGGAGAGGAGGAGGCUCCGGAGGACGAAAAGAAGUAAACGCGGGAAAAACACUUUCAGAAACGCUUCGCUCUACAUCUGUGAGAUGGAAGGCGGGAGAGAGAAGGAAAACAAAGAUGUGAUAUUGGAAAGAAGAUAUUGAGAAAUUAACCAGGGUGAUUUAUAAAAAGCCUUUUACCCCAGUGCAUCUGUCUCCAAGUAAGCACUGUCAUCAGAGAUUCUUGUAGCAUGCCACAGAAUAAGAAUUACAGGGGGUUAACUGUCUGCCAUUUUGUGUUUGAAGAUAAGAGCGUGGGGCCUACACUGGGCUAAAAGGCGCUAAGGGUCACCCUGCUCUAUAGCAUAACUGGAGUCCAGUAGUGAUGGGAGUUGUGUGCAUGGUUUUUGUGGCCUGUGUCACUGAUAUUGUCAAUGUCACUGGUAGUGUUCUUAUGGAUACUGCUGAUUCUCUAAGCAAGUAGUGUACAGUAGAGUAGCAGGGAGGAGGGAGCUGUCUACAGUAAGGCCUAAAAAAGAUUGAAAUAUGACAGCUGGAUUGAAAAUUCCCCUGUCAGGGUAAAACAGAGGGGUCAGACAUUGCUGCAAUGGUAUUAUAGUACAGUAUGCUGGUCCACUCUGCAUAAUAUGGUCUUAUGGUCUGCACUAUAUGGUCUUACUGAAACAGAGACGCAUCUUCCUUCACAUUCAGGAUAUGGAUUUGCAUCUUUUAGUUUUAGUUUCAGUUUCCUUGUUUUAUGUUGAAUUCUAUACAAAUGGUACCGGAAAACAAAUAUGAAUCAGUAAUGCCAUAGAUUCGUGUUGAUAAGAAUAUGAAACUCCAUCCAUACGGAGCAAUAGUAGAUAUUCAAAAAUUAAUGCAUAGAUAAAGAACAGCAGUGAUGUACUGCAUCUGUCUCUUUUUAGCGUAGGGCUAUUCAGUGUUUAACCCUUCCCAGAACUCCGUCACCUCCGUAAGGCUUGCACUGACAGGUAUGAGACCUGUACGCUGCGAAUAUGUUUUUAUGAUUAUGGUGAGGGAGAGUUUUUGCGCUUUCACUGUGUAUCAGUCAGAGUUUGCCCUCUGUAAACACUGGGAACUUCAGUUCUGCCUGAGAGGCACAGAUAAAAUUCCCAGGGCUUUGCUUCCUAGUAGAAAAAAAGAAUACCUUGUGCUUUGUGUGUGCUGUUGUUCAUUCACGGUCAUGAGAAACAUCAACAUCAACACCAGCGCUAACCUUGCUUCUGUCCUCUCAGUGAUACCUGUUCCUGGCCUAAUAAAACGUACACACCUCUCCUCUCCUCCUCUCCGUCUCUCUGUGUC